AUGGGAGAUUCACUUCAAGAAGCUGUACACGAAUCCAUAGCCCAUACGCGGUCAUUCACAGGGUGUGCCACAUGUCGAAGUCGACAUGUGAAAUGCGACGAAGGACGUCCAGAAUGUUCAAUGUGUCAAUAUGUUGGUCUGGCCUGCGGAGGAUAUAAGAAAGAUAUCUUCUUUGACUUCGAGAGCUCACCUCGCACUUGUGGGGUCCGGUUUCGUCGACCAUUAUUUUCAGUCAAGGAAAGAGAACGCAUGAGUCAAUGUCUUGUCUCGAGCGCUCCCCCAAAGACAACUCUUCGGAUUAUAUCCCAUAUUGAUGAAGAGUGCGAAAGAGCAGCUAUUUCGGAUGAGAUCGAGAUCGAGAUCCACCAAGGUCCGUUCGGGGCGUUUAGAUUGAACCAAGAUCGAGACACCUUGCCUUAUGAACAAGCUGCCAACGACCAUGAACAGAGACAUUCCUGUUCUCCGGAAAAUGUGAUCCCACUCAGGGAUCCUUACUUAGCCUCGUCCGAUAUGCCUCUGUCACCUUGGUCACAAGCCUUAAUGCACUUCACAUUUGGUGAACCAGAGAGUGUUCCCAGUCCGCCUUCCCCGGGAUAUUUAGAGACCAUGAUAGAUCAAGAUUCCCUGGAAGACAAUUUAGCAGCUCAUGAAUAUUUACCGACACCAUGCCUUCCAGAUCAAUCUUACAGUCAUCCCAUAUCACCAACCUGUUUUACUCCCUCUAUGGGUACCACAGAAGGUUUGCCCCAAUAUGUCGUGUUCCUUCUCAGGCACUACGUUUCGGCUGUAAUUAGCCUGAUGACUCCCCUCCGACACUCGAAAACCCCCUGGCACAUCCUUUUCAUACCUCACACCAAGAGCUGCCUCGCGGGUUUGGUCUUGGGCGAUGAUAUGAGUGAUGCCAGUUUAUGUGCAUUCUACGGGACAUUAGCCAUAAGUGCAUUCAGCCUUGGAGGAGUCUCCCGAUCUCAAACAUGGAGCGAGAAGGCCAUAAUUUACAAGCAGAAAGCCCAGCAACAUGCAAGGAUGAUGCUGAUGACUGCCUACAAUGUUCCCAAAGUAGCCAAAUACAAGUCAAUCUUGAUGGCAUUGCUCACCAUGGUCCAAGUGACGAUAGGACUUCCGCGCAGAAAGUCUCGAAAAGUACGAUUACUACAUCACUGCUAUGUAUUUGAGCGUAUCAUCCAUGAGAGUGUCUUCAUUUGUGGAGCGAACUCAAGACAGCGUCAUCGCGUUCACGCGGCCAUCGAAACGAGCGGACUAGGAAACUAUAGCCUUGACAGUCUAUCCUUUCGUCUAUCGGGUUGGAAGAACCUGGAUCAAGAAAUGAUGAGGGUACGUGGGCAAGAGGAAGGCGAGAAUGACCUACAUCUUGAAAGGCCUGGCUUUUGGUCUAACACUCUCUAUCCGGAGAUAUUUGGUAUCCCUGAACCUUGGAUUAUUCUUCUAUCCCAGGUCAUUCGAUUGGGGAAAGAAAAGGACGCGGCAGAAGGGGAUGACCCGUCAAACUGCAUCAGUCUGAAAGAGUUUAUCGGCCGAGCGAAGACCCUCGAAGACUAUAUCAACAAGCUCCCACUACCCAGCCUGGGAAAUAUCCAUUCUGAACUUGACCGUGAAAUCAUAGAACAUAUGCUUCAUUCCAUGCAUAAUGCACUGGCAAUAUACUUCUACCGUCGAAUUCACGACGUGGACGCUUCCUUGCUACAGCAAAAGGUCGCAUGCGUGCUGGAUCACCUACUGCGUUGCGAUGACACAGACUCCGCCGUGGUACAUGGCUCAGCAGGAUUCAUUUGGCCUGCAUUUAUUGCGGCUUGUGAAGCCGAGGAUCCAUUGGUUCAGCUAUCAUUCUCUGAUUGGUUUGUGAAUUCGGCACGCCGAAGUGGCCUGUCUUGCUUUACCGAGACAUUAUCCAAUAUCCAGCGAAUUUGGCAAGAGAAGACUUGCGGUAAUGGGAAGAGUGUAACUUGGUUGGACCUGAUGAAAAGCACUAUGCCAUUACAGCAGCUUUAA